CAUCCCUUGAAAUCUCUGUGCACUUCCUCGACAUCCAAUGUGGCAUAAUGCAUCCAGGGCACUGUUUGUUAUUUUCUUUUAACUGGCUCUUCCUUGUGAUCCCAUCCUACUUUAAGACCAAGCGGUAUUAUUUAUUUAUAAACAAGAUCAUCUUCGGUUUUUCUUUUAAUUUUAUAACGCUUCUUUCUACUUUUCCUUCCUUCGUGCUUCAUCAUAAACGAAAAGAGAAAAAAAAAGCCAUUCAUCUCUUUUAAAUAAUCUCAUUGCUUGCUUGAUUUUGUGCUUUUUAUUUUUAAUGAUUGACUGUUUUCCAUCGUUGUUAUCUUCAUGUCAUAUGAAUUCGCUUCCCUUUGAUUCCGACGACAAUAACCACCCAACGAAUGAAGAUACUAAUAUCAACUAUGAUGUUUUUUCGGAGCCAUCGUUUUCCCCGUCGAUCUCGGCCGAUCUUGCCACCAAGAAAAAGCAAUACCCAUGCACCGUAUGUCAAAAAUGCUUCAGUCGUCCCAGUGCUCUACGCACUCACUCGUAUACCCAUACCGGUGAGAAGCCAUUCCAAUGCACCAGCCCUGGGUGCGGUCGUCGAUUUGCUGUGAUUAGUAACCUGCGUCGCCAUUUUAAGGUCCACAAGAAGACACCGGUAACGAAUCGAUUGACGGCCGAAGAACGCAUGAAACAUGUACAACGAUUAAUGGCACAAACCGUGGCUCCAAUGCCACCUACCCCCUUCCAUACCACCUACACCACCGGUGACGUGGAGAAACCACCGGGGUUACCACCAAAGUGGAGGUAUACAUCUCCCUGGGUACAACCUCUGCUUCCUUGUCCCGGAACUUUCAAUUCGUCCAUGGUCUAUCCAACCAUGCGAAAUCAAGAGAUCGCACCUUGUCACCCAUACACCAUGUCCACCACCAGGCGAUACGAUUUGGAUUGGUAUGACAAUCCAUCCCUGAUCGCUUCGCCCACAUCGUCCGCUUCGUCAUAUUCCACGAUUUCGUCGUCAUCGUCUUCUUCAUCCUCGUCGCCUCUGCCUUCUUCAUCUUCUACAUUUUCAAAUACCUUUGGACCCACCACUUCCUCCUCCGCUAUGCCUACCUCUGGUAUCUGGCCACUCUACAACAACAGCAGAUUAACGGACAAUGAUCCUUUGUAUUCCGUACCCAUUUCAGCUCCUUCACUGUGACCUGUGCCUAAGCCAUGCUAUGCAUUUACUCAUCUACUCAUGCCUAAGAGGUUCAAUUCUCUUCAUGUUAUAUAAUAUUGUAGUAUCUAUCAUCCAGUUUCCCAAUGUCUCUCGAUCGUUAUUUAUGAUUCGUUUCUCCUAUUUCUGGUUUCUUCUCUAGUUUUUUUCUUUUCGCUUUCACACAUCCUAUUGCACCUUAUCCCCAAUCCUCUCACUUUAUGAUUGACCGUUUAUAUUUGUGCAUUUUGUUUUGUUAAUUUUUCAACUUUUUGUGUUACUAAAUAGCAAGCAGACACCAUCGUGCUCUCGUUUCUCUUUUUUUUCAGUCGAAUAUGGGUUGAAUGAUUAUGUUUGCAAGACCAAAUAGAGUUUGA